AUGACAUUAAAUAUUGAUAAACAUGAAAAAUAUUUUAAAUUAUGUUUGAAUAGUUUACCAUCGUUUGCUCAAUCAGAAGAUUCAAAUAAAUUAGCAAUAAUUUAUUUUUGUUUACAUGGUUUACAAUUAUUAAACAGAUUUAAUUUAAAAGAAUUUGAACAAUUUAAAAAUUCAAUAAUUGAUGAAUUUAUGAUUGAAAAUUAUGAAAUAAUUGCAUUUAGAUCAACUCAUUAUUUUAGACAAAGUGGGGAUUAUGAUUUACCAAAUUUAUCAUCAACAUUAUUUGCUUUGUAUAUAUUAUUAAUUUUAGAAAUUGAUUUUAUUGAAAAAUUGAAUUUAAAUAAAAUUAUGAAUUUUUUAAUUAAAUGUCAAGUUAAAGAAGGAGGAUUUGUGUCAACUUUAGAUUUAAAUUAUAACCAAUUUGGUGAGGCAGAUCUCCGACUAUGUUAUAUUGCAUUAUGUAUACGUCAUUUAAUUAAAGAUAAAACUGAUAAAGAUAUAAAUAUAAAAUCAUUAAUAAAAUAUAUUUUAAACAGACAAAAUAUAAAUGGUGGUUUUAGUAGUUAUAAAAAUGAUGAAAGUCAUCUUGGGUUUACAUUUUGUGCAAUUGCAUCAUUAAAAUUGUUAAAUUAUAAAGGUAAAUUAUUUAAAACUCAAGAUUGGUUAAUACAUAGACAAGUUGAUUUUACAUUAUAUGAAAAUUAUGAAUAUUAUAGAGAUAUAGACAUUGGCGGGUUUAAUGGUAGAGAAAAUAAAUUUGCUGAUACUUGUUAUUCUUGGUGGUGUACAAGUAGUUUAGAAAUUUUAAAUUUUAAGAAAUAUAAUCUUGAAUUAGCACAAGAUUAUUUAUUAAAACAAACUCAAAAUGAAUUAAUUGGCGGAUUUAGUAAAGAACCAAAUUCAACACCAGAUCCAUUACAUAGUUAUCUUGCAAUUGCUAGUUUAUCAUUAUGGAAAUAUGAAAAUUUAUUAUCAAUUGAUUCAAUAUUAGUUAUUAGUGACAAACUGUAUAAUUAUUUUAAAAGUAUUAAUAAAUGAUUAAUUUAUACUACUUACACUAUUUAUACUCUUGUGAUGAUAUUAAUCAUUGUUAACGAUGAUGAUGAUGAUGAAUUUUUUUUUCUCAUUCUCAUUUAAUUUUCAAUUUACAACCAAAUAAAUUCCCAUUCGUUCGUUAAUAAUACCUUUUAACUGUGGUUAAUGGAGAAGUUCGAUGUCUCCUGAUAAUAACAACAAGAAUCCCGAUGCAAAAGUUCAUUUGAUAUCUGGUGCAAUUGCUGGUUUAGUUUCUGCUAUAACUUUACAACCUUUUGAUUUAUUAAAAACUAGAUUACAACAACAACAAUUAACUUCAAAACAUGAAGUAAAAACUUCUUUAAUUAAAGAACUUAAAAAAUUAACAAAAAUAAAGGAUUUAUGGAGAGGUACUUUACCAUCAACAUUACGUACAAGUAUUGGAGCAGGAUUAUAUUUUACAAUAUUAUCUAAAAUGAGAUCAACAUGGGCUGAAUAUAAAGUUAAACAUAAUUCAAAUUUAGAUUUAAAUUCAGAUUCAUCAAUAUUACCAAAAUUGACACCAUUUGAUAAUUUAGCAACUGGAUUUAUUGCAAGAGCAAUUGUUGGUUAUAUAACAAUGCCAGUUACAUUAAUUAAGACAAGAUUUGAAUCAAAUUUAUAUAACUAUAAUUCUAUGUAUGAAGGUAUAUCUGGUAUAUACUUGAAUAAACAAGAACCAUUAGGUAAAGCUGAAAUUAGUCUUGAUGGAGGACCAAAACCAGUAUCAAAAGGUUCAAUUAAAAAUUUUUUCAAUGGAUCAUUAGUUACUUUAGCAAGAGAUUGUCCAUAUGCUGGUUUAUAUGUAUUAAGUUAUGAAGGGUUUAAAAAUGAUUUAAUACCAAUAUUUUUUAAUAAAAAUAAUAAUAAAAAAGAAGAUAAUACAAUUAAAUCGAGUAUAAUAAAUUCAAUGGCAGCAAUAUCAGCAGCAAUAACAUGUACGACUGUAACAGCUCCAUUUGAUGCAAUAAAAACAAGGUUACAAUUAACAAGUGGACAAAAAUCAACAAUGGUCAAAACAUUUAAACAAUUAAUAAAUGAAGAUGGUGGAAUUAAAAAUUUAUUUCGAGGUUUAAGUUUAAGAUUAGGAAGAAAAGCAAUAAGUGCAGGUAUAAGUUGGUGUAUAUAUGAAGAAUUAAUCAAAAGUAAUUUAUUUACAACUAAUAUAAUUAAACAUAAAUUGGUAUAA